UGGAUCGGGACCGCACCGCACCCGUUGGCCUCGCGGAGCUGCGGGCGGCGCGGCCGGCGCGCCUUUGUUCUGGCGGCGGCGGCGGGGCCAGAAGAGGCGGGAGAGGCUCUGCGCCGCAGGCCGGGCGGGGCGGCGGGUGGGAGGAACCCCGCGACCUCGCCGACCCUUAGACAGUGCGAUGCCCGACGGAGAAGCGACCCCUGCUGCAGCGGGGUCGUCUCGGGGCCGUGCAUCCCGCGUGCACGGCCUGGCGCCUUCUGUUGCCGUGGCGGUGGCGGGCGGGGCUUAGGCCGGGCCCGCCGUGGCCGACUCCAGUAGCGAACUCGGGUCUGCAGACGGGCUCCCAUCCCUCAAAAGCUGUGCCUGCGCGCGUCCCCUGCCGUCCCUCGGGAUCGUGGCGGGGGACAGUCCCGGCUCUCCUGGGGAAUUUCAGUACAAGAUCCCAGAGAUCGACUUGUAACUCUCCUGUCCACCAUGGCCAGGCGCCCGCGGAGCAGCAGAGCAUGGCAUUUUGUCUUGAGCGCAGCCCGCCGAGAUGCGGAUGCCCGGGCUGUCGCUCUGGCAGGGACUGCCAACUGGGGCUACGACUCUGAUGGGCAGCACAGUGACUCAGACUCCGACCCUGAGUGCGCGUCCCUGCCGUCAUCCAUCCCCAGCGCCGUGCCCGUGACUGGGGAGUCCUUCUGCGACUGUGAGAGCCAGAGUGAGGCCUUCUGCAGCAGCCUGCACGCCGCCCACCGGGGCCGGGACUGCCGCUGCGGCGAGGAGGACGAGUAUUUCGACUGGGUCUGGGAUGACCUGAACAAGUCCUCGGCCACCCUGCUGAGCUGUGACAACCGGAAGGUCAGCUUCCACAUGGAGUACAGCUGUGGCACGGCCGCCAUCCGGGGCACCAAGGAGCUGGGGGAGGGCCAGCACUUCUGGGAGAUCAAGAUGACGUCACCCGUCUACGGCACGGACAUGAUGGUGGGCAUCGGGACGUCGGACGUGGACCUGGACAAGUACCACCACACAUUCUGCAGCCUGCUCGGCCGGGACGAGGACAGCUGGGGCCUCUCCUACACAGGCCUCCUCCACCACAAGGGUGACAAGACGAGCUUCUCCUCGAGGUUCGGCCAGGGCUCCAUCAUCGGUGUGCACCUGGACACCUGGCAUGGGACGCUGACCUUUUUCAAGAACAGGAAGUGCAUAGGCGUGGCGGCCACGCAGCUGCAGAACAAGAGGUUCUACCCGAUGGUGUGCUCCACGGCGGCCAAGAGCAGCAUGAAGGUGAUCCGCUCGUGCGCCAGCGUCACCUCCCUGCAGUACCUGUGCUGCUACCGCCUGCGCCAGCUGCGGCCCGGCUCGGGGGACACGCUCGAGGGCCUGCCCCUGCCGCCUGGCCUCAAGCAGGUGCUGCACCACAAGCUGGGCUGGGUCCUGAGCAUGAGCCGCCAGCCCCCCGAGCCCUCGCCCUCGGCCAGCAGCCCAGAGCCCCGGCGCUGCCAGCGGAAGCGCUGCCGAAGGACCUAGCCUGCUCCCUGAUCGAGACCCCCGGGGCUGGGACGGCGUAGUCCCCGCCCCUGCCUGUGGACUGCCCCAGGGCCGCCGAGGGGAGGACCGAGCCGAGGUUUGUCCCGCUGCCCCUCUGCUGCCUGAGGUUGGGAUGGGCCUCACCACAGGGGCUCCCGGCCGUUAGCCCUGUGACCCCAAGACCCAGCCUGUCUGCUCUGGUGCUGGGCAUGAGAACAGCUGCCGCCCCAGCGCAUCUGGGUUCAGGUCUGGGGGGCUGGCAGGGAAGGGGCUGGGGGCCUAUGGGCUGCUGCCUGCGAGGAGGACGCAACUUGAGAGGUGGGCUCUCCCUGGCACCACCGGCCUCACGUUUUUCUUAACUUGCUUUGCAUGUUGUCAGCUCUGUUCCUCCUGUCUGGGGCUGAAAGUGACCAUAAUAAACUCGAAGUCUGAUGUCCAC